AUGACAUCAUUGUCAACCAUAUUCGGUCAAGUUGUGACUGCAGGAUUAUUUGAUUCAAAGGUGAUCAAGGUUCUUCCACAAGAGAUUGAGACACUAAGAAAACCAAAAUGGGAUGAUGUGUUGGUGAGCCAAUAUUUUUCUGAUCUAAAAGAAGUCAAAAAACAGGGGCGAAAAGAGAGAAGGAACAAGGAAGCUCAGGGUGUUCUUGCAGCUUCAACUGCUGUUGCUGCAGCUUCUUCCAGGAUUUCAUCUUUCUGGAAAGAUACAAUUAAAGAAUCCGCUCACUAUGAGAAUAAGUUGAAGAUAAAAGCUCUUGGAGGGAGAUCUGCAUUGCAAGCCACAAAGUUGGCGCAUGUAAAGUGCAAUUAUGGUCACUGUCAAAGCACAUUUCAUCCUACUUGUGGCAAAAGUACUGGAUUCUUUAUGAAUGUGGAGAGGACAAAGUCCGAGACUCAAAAACAUGGAGUUGAAGAAUGGAAUUCUCUGAAUAAAGUCAGGGUUGAAUUGGAGAGAUUACGCCUCAUCUGUGAGAGAAUUAUCAGACGUGAGAAAUUGAAGCAUGAAUUGGUGAUUUGUUCACAUGACAUGCUUCGUUGGAACAGAGAGUCAGUAUGUUUAUCUUCUUCAUCUAUACCCCCCCCCCCCGGGUGGGGUUUGCACUGGUUGUGUGUCACCAGAUUGAAACCAUCAUCCAAAGAUCUGAUGACAGAGCUUGGACACCAAAUUCUUUUCUUUACAAGUGCGAAACAAAAGCUGGCAGAAUUUAUCUUUGAAUCGGGUAAUAUGUGCUGUGCAGAUUGUGGAACUCCAGAUCCAAAAUGGGUAUCUAUAAGUUUUGGAGCAUUUAUAUGCAUCAAGUGUUCACGGGCACAUAGAAGCCUUGGGGUUCAUAUAUCAAAAGUGUUAUCAGUGAAUCUAGACGAGUUGACACAUGAAGCACUCAAACAGUGUCCUUAUGCCAAGUAUCAGCCAUGCAUUUUGCAACAGCUGUAAAAAGAAAGACAAUGAACACAAACCACCUCCUAAGACUAGCAACUCAAUGAGAAAUAAUGCAAGUUGUAAGAUUCUCACCUUAAUUUCAGUGAGAUAAUUCAUGAUUUAGAUCAUCUAGCCACAGAGGUUUGUAGGAACUACAUCGAUCGUCUUCUCGGAAACCAAUUUUGGGAAAGGAUCUUGCUUCUCUUUAUCCCCUGUGGCAGAAGAUACAAAACCCAAAACCUAUAAAAAAAAUGAAGAAGAAAGUGAAACAUAAUCCUAUUGGAAUUUGGUUUAGUUUUUAUGUUGACACAUAUAUUGAAGCUGCAUACAGUCAGUUGAUCUGUUGUGAACCAAGAGUUGUUGUGGAAAGAGAAGUGCUUUUGGAAGACUUAUCACUUUGAACUAGAAACUCAUCCCUUGCACCACUUUCUGAAUGCAACAUUCCAUACUAUAAGUAGAACCCCACUAAGCGUACAUCAAUACAAGUUUGCUUACACCAUCAGUUCUCAUUGGUCGAUUGGUUAAUGCCCACCAACAUCUCCUAGCACUAAGGAUAUCAGAUUAUCUUGGAAUACACCAAGUUUUGUGAUAUUUCCAAUACCAAUGAUAAGGAAGAAUUACAAUCUGAUGUUAUGGAAGGAGUCAAUCUCUUUGGGAAGUAAUGGAGCCAAAAGAAGGUAGUAUACUCUAGGUGCAGUUUGUUAUUAUUCUAUUGGUGAUUUGAAGCAUGGAUUUGAUGCCUCCUGCAAGUGAAGUUACUUAGUUGGAAUUUGAUGUACAUAGUAGAUUAGAUGCAAAUUUAUAUAUGGUAAGAAAUAGAAUUGUAUGACAUUAAAUUUAUGCAAUGGAUUCUAUUUUUUGUAUA